AGUCCGUGUUGAAAGCUGCUGUACACACAAAACAGAAGUUGAUUUAGUCCAAUUUUCCAGCAGAUUUAUAUCUUUUUGGAAACAGUCAAGAUGAUGGUCGGAGGAGCUGGUCCCCCAAAAGAUGCUGACGAGGAAAUUCAGAAAAUCUGUGAAAGCAUGAAACCACACGCAGAACAAAAGGCAGGAAAGUCCUACGAUGUCUUCACCGCAAAGACCUACAGGAGCCAGGUGGUGUCAGGGACCAACUACUUCAUAAAGGUGCAUGUGGGAGGAGACGAUCACGUUCAUCUCCGUGUUUACAAAAAGCUCCCCUGCCACGGAGGAGAGCUGGAGCUGAGCGAUAUGCAGCAUUCAAAGAGCCACCAAGACCCCAUUGAGUACUUCUAAUACGAUCACAAACCGAGCAAAGCAUCUCACCAGUGCCUACAGGCUACAGUCUCAUUAUCACUAAUAAUCUAAAUGCUCCACUUACUUUAUCCUGGCUCAUCAAAACAGUUAUAUACAGUUUCUAUUUUUAACAUGAAACUGGAAAUAUAUUCCCUUGUGAGUAAAUGUACUGUAUCCCAAAUUUGCAUUUGUGUUAUAAUGUUGUAGCUGGGUAUGAGGUAUUUUAUAGUCUAUAUCAUGAUCUCAUUUUGUUUUAUUACUAAAUGUUUGUUAAAGUAACUUUUGUUAUCUGAUACAUGAAGUGGGGUAAAUCCUUAAAGAUCUCCUCCAGAUGUGUUUUAAGACAAUUAAAAAUACUUUGCUUGGAACUAUAA